CGAAUUCAAAUCCCCAAUUUCCCAUCCGACGCUCCCUCCGCGGCCAUGGACUCGCCAACAGACGCGCCUCCGCCGCACCGCCACCGCCGGAAGCCUCUCCAGAUAAAGGACAUCAAUGUAUCCACAGACGAUGCCCUCAAAUCGAAGUCCAAACCGAUCUCCAUGCGCAUCCAGCGGCCGAUGGGUUUAAGCUUCGGGAAGGAGAACCACUGCCCGAUCUCGCCCCGGAAAGAGGAAGCGGAGCUGGAGUACGAUCUCGCUCCUAGGGAUCCUUCUCUGGCCGAGGAGCUUGCGUCAGUCCGGAAAAGGAGGGAGCGGCUGCGGGAGGAGAGGGAGAAGACGGAGAAGGAGCUGCGGGAGAAGGAUCUGACGAUGGAGAGGUGGGCCAUGGAUCUGGAGAAACGAGCAGAGGAGCAGAGGAACAUGGAGCUGGAGCUCCGGUUGUUGAUCAAACUUCAGGACUUGAGAUCUUCUUCCUCUGUCCUGUCACCAGUUCAAUCUCUACGAGAUAAAGAACAAAAGAAGAACAUGGAGGUGCAGUCGCAGAUGUCAUCGCCGGUUCAAUCUCUUAGAGAGAAGGAACGUCUGAAGUGUGUCGACCUACAGCUGCAGGGACCAGAUGAUGACGAAGAAACUAAUGAAGCCAGUGAACAAUCCUCAGAUGGAAAGGGCGUAAAAUAGUAAUUUUUCUUCUCCUUGUAGGCAAGUCUUAUGUUAUGUGUAACUGGUAUUUUCCAAUCUAAGGGCAAAUUCCUUUUUUGCAAUUGGAGUACUCUCUUCGGAAGGGCGCCUUUGUAAACAUGUUUUUUUAAAAAAAAAAUCGAAUUAAAUAUUUUUGGGUA